AUGUUUUUCAGGUUAUUGCAGGCCCUUUUGGGGUUAUGGGCUAUUUUCCCCCUAGCCUCCGCAUACACGAACCCAGUUCGCAAUCCCGGUGGCAGUGACCCUUUCGUGGUCUAUACCGGAGGCUACUACUAUCUUCUCACAACGACCUGGAAUGACGUGCAAGUCAGCCGGGCAACUACCAUCGAAGGCCUUAAGACGGCCGAGAAGAAGGUAGCUUACACGACUACCGAGGAGACUCACUGCUGCAAUGUGUGGGCCCCCGAAGUUCACUACCUGGGUGAUAAGUGGUACAUUUACUACACUGCCGGCAAUAGUGUGGAUCUGGAUGGUCAGAAUAUGCAUGUGUUGGAAGGUGGUGCGACUCCCUGGGAUGAUUAUACCUACGCCGGCCAACUGACCACGGCAUGGGGAAUUGACGGGACCAUCGUCCGGUUCAACGACUAUGGCAACUUUAUGGUGUGGUCAUGCUUCCACGGCGUCACCUAUCAAUCCCUCUGUAUUCAGCAGCUGGGGUCGGACUACACCUCGUUGACUGGCGACAUCUCCGUGAUCUCCGAGCCAGUUGAAGACUUUGAAACGCACGGUACACCGGUCAACGAAGGUCCCGCGGCCCUCUAUCUCGACGGCAAGACGCAUAUCGGGUACUCGGCGUCUUACUGCUGGACGUCUUACUAUUGCGUGGGACUCCUGACGUGGGACGGCGCCACCGACCCGACAGACAAGAACGCCUGGAGCAAGCACGACGGCUGCCUUUUGUCAUCGGCCAACGGAAACUACGGAACGGGUCAUAACUCGUUCUUCCAAAGCCCUGACGCUUCGCAGACGUGGAUCGCCUAUCAUGCUACUACCAUUGAAAGCGGCGCAUGUAAUGAUAGCCGUUAUGCGAUGGUGCAGGAGAUCAGCUCGGGGAGCAAUGGCAUCCCAAAUCUUGGAGAAGCGUUGGCCUGGACAGUGGAACUCAGCGAGCCAAGCUCCUAA